AUGAUUUUGACAACAAAUGGUGCCACAUGUUCAUAUAAGGUACCAAAUGUCAAUGACAUUGUUUUUGAUGUACCGCUUGAUGUUGAUUUCGUGGAGAAUGAUAUGGAAAGUGAUGAUGGUAGAGUUCGGAAGAUACGUAAUGUAGAUAAUGAUAUCUUCCAACCGUUAAGGAUUCAUCUUCAUUAUGAUAAAAUUAGCAUUGACAAAUUAACGACAAAUAUACAAUUAUUUGUUAAUACAUCUUUAUUACCGGAAGCUGUGAACUAUUGGCAAGCUGCAUUAGCAGUACGUCCAACAGCUAUACCAAUACGGCUUAAUAGAAAAUGUGUAUCAAAUCUAUAUUAUAUGCGUACAUAUGAGAAACGACAAUCAUGUGUAUUAGGCUGCAAAAUAGAAACAAGUUGUGGUGAAGUAAUCAUUCCAGAUGAACAUUUAUAUCAAUGUCGUUAUUGUACAUCACCAGAAUCCCAAAACUGUGGUACUACCGGACCUGCUGAUGGAAUUGGUGUACCAAAUACAGAUUUUCUCCUUUAUGUUUCUGCAGUGGUAUCAGAACGUUGCAAAAAUGCUGAUACGGUGGCAUAUGCAGCACAUUGUCAACAAGAAGCUGAUCGCGACAGACCAAUUGCUGGACAUGUUAAUUUAUGUCCAAAUGCGCUCUCAACUGCACUACACGAUCGUGAAAUAUUACUUUCAACGGUAAAGCAUGAAAUUUUGCAUGCUUUGGGAUUUUCCGCGGGAUUAUAUGCAUUCUUCCGGGAUGACAAUGGAAAUCCACGAACACGACGAAAUCGUUACAACAAACCGAUUUCAUUGAAUAAAGACCGCGGAUAUUAUAACUGGGAUCCAAGUACCAUUCGGACAAUUAUACGGAACGAUUGGUGGACAGCAGAAGGAACGAUACCACAUUCAAUACAUGUAAUGGUAACUCCACGUGUACAACAGGAAGCUCGACGACAUUUCAAUUGUUCAGAUUUGGAAGGGGCUGAGCUGGAAAAUCAGGGUGGUGAUGGUACCGCUUUUACACAUUGGGAAAAGCGCCUUUUCGAAAAUGAAGCAAUGACGGGUACUCAUACGCAAAAUCCGGUAUACUCUCGGUUAACAUUUGCACUUCUGGAGGAUAGUGGGUGGUACAAAGCAAAUUACAGUACAGUUGAAGAACUUCACUGGGGUCGUCAUCUUGGUUGUGAAUUUGCGAGGAAAAGUUGUGGUGAAUGGAUCCGAAGUCGACGAGAAAAAAACCUUUUGCUAGCACCAUUUUGCGAUGAAAUUAAACAUGAUGGGAAACGUUCACUGGCAACAGCACGGUGUACGGCACAACGAGAUUCAUUAGCUUUGUGCAAUUUGAUACCUUAUCAAAAUCCACUUCCAGCCGAAUAUCGUAAUUUCGCUUCCUUAAAUGGAGUACAAGAUGAGAGCGUCAUGUAUUAUGGUGGGUCUGUGGAGCUUGCCGAUUAUUGCCCCUAUAAUCAGGAGUUUGAAUGGAAAGCAUCAAAUUCAUCUCAACGUCGUGAUAGUCGGUGUGAGCUGGAUGGAAAUUUUACACCUAAUCAAGCAAAUUCAAUAUUGGAAGUGUAUGGCAAUCAGUCAAAAUGUUUCGAUUUAGCGACUUUUUGGACUGAGCGAAAAUGUGGUCGUAUUCGGACAUUUCUUCAGUACAAAGCUGGGUGCUAUCAGUAUGAAUGUAGCGAAGGUCGUUUGAAUAUUGGUUUAUUCAAUGAAACUUUUUUUUAUCCGUGUUAUUUUGCCGGGCAAUAUGUCUAUGUCCGAAAGAUAGUAAAUGGCUGGUUGCGGGAAGGUGUGGUCAUUUGUCCAUCGUGUGAAGAGAUUUGCCAUUCAGGGCGUUUCUCCUCAGAUGAUAAGUUUGGUUACUGCCAAGAAACAGACGAAGAUGAAAUUCCCGAAUAUGUAGGAGAUUUACUGCUAGAUGAACCUUGCGCAGCACCGAGUUCUCGUUGUAGCUUUUUCUUCCUCUGUAUUUUCCUUAUUUGGUCUCUGCAUUCUUUCGUCUUUCCGGCGAAUUCAUAUUUUAUUUUCAUUUUCGGUGUUUAUUUGAUAUCGGCUCCAUAUUUUACUUGUAGAAACGGUAUUUUAUGCUUGUCUUCUUCAUCUGCUUAA